UUGGUUGCGAAACACACGCGGAAGUAUGGCGCUGUGUUCUGUUGCUUUUAUUCUUGCUUUUUUUGCAUUUAGCCAAUUUAACACCCUUGUUUUUACCUGAAGAGGAAUAUCACUUCAAACAAUGGAUGUUACAGUAUAAUAAAGUCUAUGCUCUGGAGGAGUACCACCAUCGUCUGAACAUCUUCACUGGGCAUAAGAGGAGAAUCCACUAUCAUAGUAUGGGACUGAAUCAGUUUUCUGACAUGAGCUUUGCAGAGUUUAGGAAGACUUUCCUCCUGACUGAACCUCAGAACUGCUCUGCCACCAAAGGGAGUCACAUCAGCAGCCCUGGGCCAUAUCCUGGUUCUGUGGACUGGAGAGAGAAGGGAAACUAUGUGUCACCUGUCAAAUAUCAGGGUCAUUGUGGAAGCUGCUGGACCUUCUCCACUACCGGCUGUCUUGAGUCUGUUACCGCUAUAGCUACUGGAAAACUCCCACUUCUGGAUGGCUCUUGCAAUUUCAUGCCCGAGUUGGCAGCUGCCUUCGUGAAAGAUGUUGUCAACAUAACAAGUUAUGAGGAAAAGGGCAUGGUUGAUGCUGUGGCCAGACUGAACCCAGUCAGCUUUGGAUAUGAAGUGACUGAUGAUUUCCUCCACUACAAAGAUGGUGUGUACAGCAGCACUACGUGUAAGAACACUACAGACAAUGUGAACCAUGCUGUACUGGCAGUGGGAUAUGGUGAAAAGAAUAGCACUCCAUAUUGGAUCGUGAAAAACUCCUGGGGCACCAACUGGGGAAUGGAUGGAUAUUUCCUAAUAGAAUGAGGGAGGAACAUGUGUGGACUGGCAGCCUGCUCCUCUUAUCCUCUCCCCCCGGUGUGAUGUAACGGGAACUCAGAAGAGAAGAAGAGAACGCCACAGUCCGAGUCUUCAGCUACAGUAUGAGAACUCAGGAAAAACAUAAUACAUUUUCUCAUUCAGAGGACAGGAGUGGGCAUCUCUGUGUUAUUUGCAUGGACAUGUUUUUAAGAACUGUAGUUAUACUGUUACAAUGUGAGUUUGACAUUUUCCAAGUUACUUAUUUUAAAUGAAUUAUAACUGGAUCGUAUUAUGAAGGUUUGUACUGUAUGUGGUAAGUGGCUGGUCAUGGCUAGUUAGUAGGCACUGACUGGGUAGUGAGAGUCUUUGAAUCGUGUGUUUAUGUAGCCACAUAUUGCUUCAGUUGAAUGUGUAAGAGAUCCUAGUUAGUACUAGGAAGCAUCACCAAUAUUUUAGCUUCUCUUGAUUUGACAUUUUGGUCAGUGUUUAGAGGUGUGUACUAGGCAUAUUUUGUGUAUAUUAGACUGAUGCUGCUGAGGGUUACUUUUUUUGCAUGUAGUUUUGUAGUAUAUAUAUAUACUACCAGUCUGUAUAUACACACACCUACCCAUUUCUUUAUUUGUACUAUUUUCUACAUUGUAGGAUAAUGGUGAAGACAAACUAUGAAAUAACACAUAUGGAAUAAUAUAGUAACCAAAAAAAGUGUUAAACAAAUCAAAAUAUAUUUUAGAUUCUUCAAAGUAGCAACCCUUGCCUUGAUAACAGCUUUGCACACUCUUGGCAUUCUCUCAACCAGCUUCAUGACGUAAUCAUCUGGAAUGCUUUUCCAACAGUCUUGAAAAAGUUCCCACAAAUGCUGACCACAUGUUGGGUGCUUUUUCUUCACUCUGCGGUCCAACUCAUUCCAAACCAUCUCAAUUGGGUUGAGGUCAGGUGAUUGUGGAGGCCAGGUGAUCUGAUGCAAUACUCCAUCACUCUCCUUCUUGGUCAAAUUGCCCUUACACAGCCUGGAGGUGUGUUUUGGGUCAUUGUCCUGCUGAAAAACAAAUUCCCACUAAGCGCAAACCAGAUGGGAUGGCGUAUUGCUGCAGAAUGCUGUGGUAGCUAUGCUGGUUAAGUGUGCAUUGAAUUCAAAAUAAGUCACAGACAGUGUCACCAGCAAAGCACCCCUACACCAUCACACCUCAUCGUCCAUGCUUCACAUUGGGAACCACACAUGGGGAGAUCAUCCAUUCACCUACUCUGCAUCUCCCAAAGACACGGCAGUUGGAUCCAAAAAUCUUCAAUUUGGACUUGUCAGACCAAAGGACAGAUUUCCACCAGUCUAAUGUCCAUUGCUUGUGUUUCUUGGCCCGAGCAAGUCUCUUCUUAUUGAUGUACUUUAGUAGUGGUAUCUUUGUAGCAAUUUGACCAUGAAGGCAUGAUUCACGCAGUCUCAUCUGAACAGUUGAUGUUUACUUGAACUCUGUGAAGCAUUUAUUUAUUUGGGCUGCAAUCUGAGGUGCAGUUAAUUGCCGAUUUCUGAGGCUGGUAACGAAUGAACUUAUCCUCUGCAGCAGAAGUAACUCUGGGUCUUCAUUUCCUGUGACAGUCCUCAUGAGAGCCAGUUUCAUCAUAGUUCUUGAUGGUUUUUGAGACUGCACUUUCAGGAUUGACUGACUUUCAUGUUUUAAAGUAAUGAUGGACUGUUGUUUCUCUUAGCUUAUUUGAGCUGUUCUUGCCAUAAUAUGGACUUGGGUCUUUUACCAAAUAGGGCUAUCUUCUGUACAACACCCAUACCUUGUCACAACACAACUGAUUGGCUCAAAUGCAUUAAGAAGGAAAGAAAUUCCACAAAUUAACUUUUAAGAAGGCAUACCUGUUAAUUGAAAUGCAUUGCAGGUACCUCAUGAAGCUGGUUGAGAGAAUGCCAAGAGUGUGCAAAGGGUGGCUACUUUGAAGAGUCUCAAAUAUAUUUUGAUUUGUUUAACACUAUUUUGUUUACUACAUUACUACAUGU